AUGCCGAAGAACCAAGUCCGAAAAACCGCCCUUGGCCGACAGCUGAAAGACGACCCCGUCUCAAAACGCCGGGAGGCAGAACUGCAUCGACGCCGUGUCACAUCAGACUUCACGAUACAUGUCGCCCUACGCUCAAGCAUGCAGCUAAAUCCUCAUCGUCGGCUGGUGGAUCAACCAGCCAUCCGAAGGCUUUACCUCGACGCUCCUCCAACACCGCAUGCACGCAUGUGCCCACCGGGUCCUGAAUCCUUUGGCCCGAACCUUUUCGAUCCACGACAUGCUCUGCAUGAUGAGGCGCAACCCAAUGAGCUCGGGGUCCACUGCACCGACGGCAAGGCCGCAUGA